AUGGAAGCGAUCAAGGAUCAGAAUAAUCUAGAUGCUAUGAUUGAGCUAGCAUUUCUACGUCACCGUCCUCAUGCGAUUCAAACCCUUGAAUUAGCAGAGUCCCGAGGACGAAACAUCUUGAAAGAGCGUCUUGGGCCUAAAUGCUUUGACGACGAUGGGGAGCAUGUUGGCCACUUUUGGUCGAUAUUAGAUACCAGACCGUACAUGCGUGUCAUGCAAGCUUUAGUCCGCCUCUAUUUUGAAGAAAAGAGAUAUGAGAAAUCGACUAAUAUCAUGAUAGAGAUGCUGCGUUUCUGUCCUGGCGACAAUAUGGCACAAAGAACCUGGCUCGGAUCGAAUCUCAUUCGCGUGGGCCGACUCGCGGAUGCGUUAUAUUUCGCUCAGACUUGGUUAAGCCCGGGACCCGCGGACAGAGGCGAAGAUCCUUUGAAAGGCGGCACGGAUUUCAAGGCUCCUAGCCGUGAUCCCAUGACUGAAGCACGUGCAAAGCGCCUCGAAUCUGACUGUGGUUCUCUCCUUUACACAGCCGCACUGGCAUCUUUCAAGCUCUGGGGUGACAGCCUUCAAGCGCAGCAAUAUCUCAGAGCAGCUUCAAAGGCAAAUCCGAAUAUUUUGAUGAGAAUCCUUGGACGCGUUACACGACCUGAUGAACUCAAUAAUAGUCCGCGGUCCUUGAAUGGUCCGGAGGAUGCUCAUGAUUACUUAUGGCUUUCGCAAGACCUUUGGAUGGUUCCUGAAGUUUGGAACUGGGCAAAUAGUGAUCCAGGGGCCAAGGAAUCUGUGUUGAAAACGUGUAGCAGAGAGGGUUGUGGCAAGAGGGAGACGAAGGCUACGGAAUUCAAACUCUGCUCGGGAUGCCGAUUGGCCUUCUAUUGUAACUCCACCUGUCAGAAAGAGGAUUGGAAAAAACACAAGCCAGCUUGCCGCGAACGGCAGAGCUUGAAAGCGGCAUCGCGCGCCAUGUUCUUGAACAAACCUAUUCCGAAAGAUGGUCCACUCGUGUUCAGCUCAGAUUUCUCGCAAUUGGGGAUUACGAUCGACCAAGGAAAAACCCGGCGCUCAUGA